UCCUCUGUAAUACAUUUGUUAGUGUUAUAUUUGACUGAGCAACCUGCUCGACGUCAAGGCCUCAUAUGGAAGCAGGGAGCUUGCGUGAGAAUCCCCCGGGUUCUAGAGUGACUGAGUCGGCAGACUGGAGAGAGGAGACCCCGGGUGAGGAGGCAGAAGAAAGGAACGAAGACCUGAAAGAAAGGGGUGGAGAUGGGGGGAACGAGAAAAAUGGCGAGGAAGUGGAGGGUGACUGUGCGGUUAGUGGUGCUCCUGAAAAAGAGAGGUCUAUGGAGGAGGAAACGGAGAAGUACGAGGAAGAACUGGAUCCAAGAAUCCAGGAAGAGCUGGAGCAUCUAAACCAGGCCAGUGAUGAGAUUAAUCGACUGGAGCUGCAACUGGAUGAAGCACGAUCCAGCUACAGACGGAUCCUGACAGACUCUGCUCGGAAGCUCAAUGCUCAGGGCUCACAGCUGGGGACCUGUAUCGAGAAGGCCAGGCCAUACUAUGAGGCUCGCAGGCUUGCUAAAGAGGCACAGCAGGAGACCCAGAAGGCGGCUCUGCGUUAUGAGCGGGCUGUCUCGAUGCACACAGCGGCCCGAGAGAUGGUGUAUGUGGCAGAGCAGGGUCUCUUAGCCGAUAAAAACACCCUGGAUCCCACCUGGCAGGAGAUGCUCAAUCAUGCUACUUCCAAGGUGAACGAGGCGGAGGAGGAGCGCCUGCGGAGCGAGCGCGAGCAUCAGCGCGUCACACAGCUGUGUCAGGAGGCCGAGGCCCGCGUGCAGACGCUCCAGAAGGCCCUGAAGAGGGUCAUCGUCAAGUCCAAACCCUACUUUGAGCUCAAGGCCCAGUUCAACCACAUCCUAGAGGAGCACAAGUCCAAGGUGGUGCAGCUUGAGGAGCGUGUUGCCAAGGUCAAGACCCGCUACUCAGUCGCGCUGCGCAACCUGGAGCAGAUCAGCGAGCAGAUCCACGCCCAGAGGGGGCGCGUGCGCGCCGCCAGACAGAGCGUCCGCACCUGCCAGGGCCGCAGCUCUCCGGUCGGGGCCGAGUCGGAGAAGGAGGAGGUGGUCCAGGCGGGGGCGUACGGUGGCGUGGCGCAGGGGUUGACCAACAGCGAGUGGGCCGACUCGGAGAAGACCCGCCAGUGGGUGGAGCGUCACCGGGAGAGUGGGUGGGGCCAGCAGGAGAAGGCGGGCUCGGACUCCAUGUCCGUCAUCAGCCUGCAGACGAUCGCGUCCGACCUGGAGAAGUGCGACAGCGUGGAGCACCUGGGAGAGAUGAGCGACGUGGGCAGCCUGCUGGGGGAAGACCUGGAGAGAGAGAGAGCCAUGAUGGAGAUGGAGAGGGAGAGGCACAGGGAGAGGGAGAGGGAGAAGGAGAGGGGGGCAGAGGAGAGGCCCGUGGCCAAGGAGGGAGGGCUGGGAGUGGAGAGGGGAGCCUGUCGGAGCCGAAAGGCAGCAGAGUUUUGUCAAGCAACACCACAGGAGCGUAAGCCUGUAAGAACACACAGGCACACACAGAAACAAACACAAACACACACACACACACACACACACACACACACACACACACACACACUCAUUCAUUCACAAACACACCACAGGAGCAAGGAUUCACACAUCCCACACAAACAGAUGUGUCAAUACUACAACCAAACAAAAUACACAUCCACUUACACAACUCAUUUUGAAGAACUGUAGCCAGUAUCUGCCACUUCCUAGUGGAGGAAGUGAUUUUAUCCUCAGCUCUCUGCUCAACGCUGCUCACUUGCAUGCUGAUGAACACACAAACACUCGCCACAUAAACCUUCAUUUUUACCGUCAGGAACAAAUCUGUGUGUGUGUGUGUGUUUUGAGUCAACACUAUCUGUAUGGACAGAGGUGCAGCAUGAUCUUAUGAGUAGAAACAGAUUCCCACUGACAAGAUUCUCUUACACUCUUCGCCGCUGGAACACACACACACACACACACACACACACACAUGCCUAUUAGACGCCUAUUAAAAACGCACUUUAAGAUGUGAGGGGAAUGUGAAGGCAGGCCCCUGAGGGAUUCGAAGUCCUUCCUCUCCGAGCCAGUUUCAUAUUCCACACCAAUAUCAGUGUUUUGAGGAGGGUGGGGGGUAAGGCACUGUGGAACACUGGAAGGCGGAAAAAGAAUACAGCAGAAAGGUCAGGUUUCUCUAAAAGGUCGUCGCUGUGAUCGUCCCAUCAUUGAAAACAGACACCAUUGCGCAUCCUGAAGCCGCUCAUAAUAAUAGCAGCAUCAAGCCCACCAAUCCCACUAGUCCUCUCCCCUGUUCCAGUAUCUUCUCACUGCAACACUCAUGCAGCACUUUAUGCAGGAAGAUUGAAGGUGACUCUUGCGAGGCUUGUCUGAUUUAAACACACGCCCAGGCGAACACUGACACACACACACACACACACACGUAUACACUUGGGCGUGUGUAUUUUUUUGGCAGUGUGCAUGAUACUGACACAAUUCUACUUGACUGGAUGCUGUGCACACACACUUGUUUCAUAAACACAAAUACAUAAACACACAGACGCACACACUCUCUAUAUCCGUAAGAUGUCGAUGAUCAAAAGAUCCGCCGGAGACAGAUGAUGUCAUGGUUCUGCUGCCUACGCAGUAAUCCCAGCAGUCCUGAAUCAUCUCGCAGGAGCCCGAGACUACUGACGUUAAUGUGCUGUUUUUGGUUGGACGUGAGAGCGUUCUUUGAUUAUUUAUUUUUUUUGUCUGUGUGUGUCUGUUCUUUCUUCUGUGUACUCUGCUGGAGUCAGAGAGGAGACGAUCUUGUCGUUGUCGUGGACACCAGAUGUUUUACAGUCUAGGAGGCACGAGCUGGACCCUCUUAUCCCCCUUUUUCAUCCUGACUUUGUCCGUGUCAUUGCUCUCUUUGUUUACUCUCUGGUCAUCUCUCUAUACCACCCCCCCUUCACUCCAUCCUCAUUACCAACCAAUAACCAAUUGUUCUUCUCUUCCUCGAGUGCCACAGUGACUCUGGCCUGAGGUUAAUGGUCUCGUUAUGGCUAGCUUGGGAUGGCUGUCGUACCACAAGUCUUAUUAACUGAUGAAAUACCAUAGUACACACUCUUUUUCGCGGCAGUGAUUAUCUCGACUUUGACGCUUUUGACAGAGCCGCUUGUUAGGGUCACUGACCGCUGUGACUGUCUUUAGAUCAGCGGUUUGGCUGUCUUAGACCCGCUGGAGAAGUGGCCCUUUAAUUCCUGAUGCGGGAUUAGUCUUAUCCUCGCACCUCAUGUCUUCCCAUCUGCUUCAGUGGCUCCUUGUGUCUGUGCACUCUGCUGCCCUUUUCUGACUGUCUGCAUCGUCAACCCCCCUCGCCUCUCGCCUACUCUGCCCUGAUCCCAGUAGCCCUCUCACACGGCAUACAUCCUAGCAACCCCCUACUGUCCAUAUUACUAACCGCCUCACACUCGACAGCCCCCGGUUGUGCAUUCUGCUUACCUCUGUCCUUGUGUUCUGUACAUACGCCCCUGCUGUACAGACCUGUUUGUUUGUUGGCCGUGCAGGUGAUGUAUUAUAAAUGCUGAACAAUGUUGACUGACCGGUAACUUAUUAAGGAUGUAAUUUAUUGAAUAACAGAUGAUUAAAACUUUUAUUGAACAACCCCA